AUGCGUUGGACAAAAUCCAUGAACGAAAACGCAUUGCGGGCGUACUAUAGGGCGAAAGGGGAAGAAACUGUGGGAAUAGCGUAUAGGUCUCGGAUGCAUUGCUUUUUUGCUGAGCUGGAGCCGUCUAUCCCCGUCACGGAACAAAACCUGGCAGACCGAGUUCGGUACAUCAUGCGCUCGAAAAUAUUUGACGAUGCCGAACUCGAACGACUACGACGUGAGGCUAUUCCGUCGUCGAAUGAAUCGGCUAUGGCUGGAGAUGCAGCUCCACAUUCGACAGACCAGCAUCCACACGUGGAAGCCGCCAUGGAUCUUCCAGUUGUGGUUGAUUCGAACGACGAUGAAAUAGUCUCCCACGAACUAGAGCAAAUGAGGAGUAUAUUGGAAGAGGCGAUUUUGGAAACGCGCAGCACCCCUCUCGAAAAUCGACCGCGACUUCCCCCGCAUACCCUUAAGCAAGCGAAAUCGGGCUGUCGUGAGGGCUCUUAA